AUGAGUGAUGGGUGGGUGCCGCCAUGUUAUCCGAAAGAGGAGGAACUUAUCGAAUACGAAGAGAAGAUGAAGGCCAGAAAGAAAGCGACGCUUGUGAAGCGUCACCUCUGCAUCAAGGAGCCUCAGCUACAAAGUCUCUCCAAGCGCAGCUUUGCACAGAAGAGUGAGUACUCUAUGCUGGCAUACGCUAUCGCUGAAGGCGAAUACUCCGGUGAAGGCGACGAUCGGAGCUACUUCGUAAUAGUCUUCUACGAGCCUGCCAAGAAAAGCAAGGUUGAGCGGGCGUUUAAAACAGUGGGCGCAGCUCUGGCCGACUAUGAGCAGGUUGUGGUCGAUCCUGAUUCCAAAAUGGAGCAGGAGGAGAAGUUUAUGUAUGCCCAUGGGGCAAGCGACCCUGGAGAGUGCAUUCUCGGCGAGUACGAGUACCAGGUCGUGCCCAAAGGAAGCCCAGAAUACGACGACCCCUGGGGUCCGACGCAUCCAGAAGGCAGAUUCUGGGAGUGA